AAUUUCUAGCGAGGAGCAAACUGUGCAGGGAGCUAAUAUACAAAAGUCGGGACUCCGUUCGUUUAAUAGAUCUGCCUCCUCUAGGCAAAAGCCGAACCCGACAUCAAAACUAAAAGACACACUAAACAGAAAGUCCACUUGCAAGCAGGGCACACUUUCUGCACACACAAGCACUAGCAGCACCACUUCAAUCCAGUCAUCACCCAUCGAGCCAGCUUCUUCUCUACCCACGCUGAACACCACGCCUACACCACCUGCUGCCAGCAAAAGUAACCUAUUUGUGCGGGUGCUACGACGAUUUUCAAGUAACUCCCUUCCCGGCAAGACGGCGUCAAACCCGAAAAACGCGGACGACGUACCGAAAGUCAACGAUAACAACAACGGCGAUCUGGGCAAACAGCAAUCAACCGAUGUUGAGGUGCUUUGCUCUCAGGACAACCAGAGCAGGGAACAGAAUGAGGACGAAAUGGAUAGCAAAAUAGAGCCUGCAGAUGCCAUAAGCAACCAGAAAGCUGGUCUUACUUUGGGCAAACCUAAAAAAGACAAGUCAGUCAAGGGGACGUCGCAAGCGGUUGUUUCAGACACCAAGAAAAUGGAGGCCAGGAAGUCCUCCUCGGACACGGUGAUUGAGCCAUUGAUCAAGCAGCAGGCGCCACUGCACUCGUCAAAGACCACGCCAACGACUUUGACGGCGAACUUCGUGCAAAACAUUCGAUUCGUCCGUAAAAAUGUGGAACAGUCAGGCAGAAACACCAAUCCACUGCAGUUCGUUGAACUCGAGACGGAGUUUCCUCGUGACUAUGACGACAACAUCGAGAUGCUUUCCCGCGAGGCGGAGCAUCUGGAGGAGCAGUUCCGCACGCCUACGCGCUCCAAUGCUACGGAUGCCACUUCCCACCAUGUGGCCGGAAUCAUCGACAACAUAAUAACCGAAGCGUCACGGAGUCUUACAAUCGAAAAGACUGAAGACGAUGUGCCAUUGAAGUCUUCUACCAAGCACUCGAGCGGCGUAAAACGAGUUGGCUUUCAAGUAGAGGAAAAGGACGAUACCGAGGUUCAGAGCGAAAAACAGGCAAAGAGCAUCGACGACAUAACCAAAAAAGCGGAGAGUUCCGAGGCUAGCGCAGAGGAAGCUGCUGUCACCGGGUCCUCGACAGAUGCAUCUGCAUCUCUUCUGCCCUCCACGUCGCUGGUCUCCACCACAUCUUCAGCUACAUCGAUAACCAAGAGUAAGAGCGAUGAGGACGAUGAUCCGGUGGCCAUGUCGCCGUGCGGACGAUUCUUUAAGUACGAUAAGGAAGUCGGACGCGGUUCCUUUAAAACUGUCUAUCGUGGCCUGGACACGUUGACGGGUGUUCCAGUUGCCUGGUGCGAGUUAUUGGACAAGCAAGUAAAAAAAAGUGAACGUACUAGAUUUCGCGAGGAGGCGGACAUGCUGAAGAAACUUCAGCACCCAAACAUAGUGCGGUUUUAUACAUAUUGGGAGUUUCCUAUUGGCCGCAAGAAGAAUAUUGUACUAGUCACCGAACUAAUGUUAUCUGGAACUUUAAAAUCCUAUUUGAAACGAUUCAAGAAAAUACACCCAAAGGUAUUGAAGUCAUGGUGUCGCCAGAUACUAAAAGGCCUUAACUUCCUGCAUACUCGUCAAUUUCCUAUAAUUCAUCGUGAUUUGAAAUGUGAUAAUAUUUUUAUAACUGGCACCACUGGUAGUGUUAAAAUCGGCGACUUGGGCCUGGCAACUUUGAAAAACCGCUCCCACGCAAAAUCUGUGAUUGGUACGCCGGAGUUCAUGGCCCCGGAAAUGUACGAGGAGCACUACGACGAGUCGGUGGACGUAUAUGCAUUCGGCAUGUGCAUGUUGGAGAUGGCCAUUUCCGAAUAUCCUUACAGUGAGUGCAAGGGUCCAGCCCAGAUCUACAAAAAGGUGAUAUCGGGCAUUAAGCCAGCGGCGCUGGCUAAGGUGGAGGACCCCAACGUGCGCGACAUCAUCGAACGGUGCAUUGAACUAAAGAAGGAGGAUCGGCCCAGCUGCAAUGAACUGCUAGAAUCGGAGUUCUUUGACGAAGAUAUCGGUAUACGAGUUGAGCCAACUGCUUCGGAACAGUUCCUUUCUGAUCCGAGCAUCAGCAUCAUCGAGUUCAGACUGCGGUUUAUGGAUCCCAAGAAGCGCUCGUCCCGUCAUAAGGAAAACGAGGCAAUUCAGUUUGAGUACAACAUCAAGCAUGACGAGUACGAACAGAUUGCGCAAGAAAUGAUGAAGGAAAAUAUUAUAUCUGAGGACGACUCUCGCGCUGUAGCUCGGCUUUUAAAAGUGCAGGUGGUGUCGUUGCUUAAAGAACGUGCCCAGCGUCAAACUCAAAUCAAGCUGCAAAACGAGAAGUCUCGUUUGGAAAAAUUGGCAUUGCAAAAGCAACGUGAGAGUUUGCCGACCAACGUCGAUGAAGAUGAGGAAGAGGAGGAGGAGUCUGAGGACGAGGAGGAUGGUGUUAAAUGGAAUCAGCGCCUGCAGCUAAGAUAUGACCUGCUUAACACUGAUUCAGAAACAAGCCUUGCUCUAUCCACGAACAGCGUCGAACCGCAGCAGCUGUCCAAUCGCUCGAACACUUCGAUUCCGAACAGUGGCAUUCAGCAACCUGUUCAGGUCCCAGGUCAAGUGCCUGUUUCCCAGUUGAUCUCGGUGCAGCCACAGGCUAUUCCGUCACCGGCUAUUCCCAUGCAACAGAAGCCGACGGUGCACUACAUUCAACCGCCACAGCUGGCCUCUUAUCAAAAUUCGAAUGCAUCGAUGCAGGAGAUGACCAAUAACCAGGUCAUAUCGCCGACAGGCAGUCAACAAAUGCAACAGCAACAACCCGUAGUGGCACCAACAGUCAAUCAUCAGGUCAUGCCGCAGCAGCAAGUCAACCAACAGCAGCAACCACAAAUGAUGCAGCAGAUACCCCAGCAAGUUCAAGUGCAGCAAGUUGGUGCGCAACAGCAGCCCCAAACUGUUUUGCCUCCGCAGCCACAUGAGCAGCAGCCACAGCAACAACAACAGCCACUGCAGCAGCAACUGCAGCAGCUUAUGCACACUAACGUGCAGGCUCCGGAUUUGACUCAACAGCAACAAAUUGCUCAGCAACAGGCCCAGCAAUAUUUUCAGCAGCAGCAGCAACAGCCUCAGCAGGCCGUAAACAUGCAACAAGCUUAUGCAAUGCAGCAAGCUGGCCAGCAGCAACAGCUUUCGCAGCCUCUUCAAAUUCAGCAACAGAUCUUGCAGCAACAACAAGCAGCCGUCUCACAUCAGCAACAGAUUAUGCAGCAGCAACUGGCCCAGCAUCAGCUGCAACAGCUUCAGCAGCAGCAGCUUCAACAACAGCAACUGCAACAGCAGCACCAACAGCAAAUACAACAACAGCAACUCCAACAACAACAACUCCAGCAACAGCAAUUCGUACAGCAGUAUGCGCAGGCAAUGCCGCAGCAACAACAUCAGCAGCUCGUUACGGGAUCGCAAGUCAUGGCACCGCAUCAGCAUCAGCAACCUAUUCAGAUCCCAGUGCAGAUGCAAGUUCCGCCGACUUCCGUGGCACCCCCAGUACAGCAGACUUACAAUCAGCAGGGCGGACAAGUAGCGCUCAGUGAUCCACAACAGCAACAGCAUCCCGGAUUAUCGGCCGUACCACCACAGCCAACGCAAUUUAUACAACAGCCCACGCAGCAACCCAUACAACUGUCAAUGCCUUUGGAGCAACAAUUGCAGCAAUUGCUGCAUAGCCAGCCAGCCCAGCAACAACAGCCCAUGAGCCAGCAGCAGCAACAGCCUAUGGUCCAACAGCAGCAACAGCCCUUGGUGCAACAGCAACAACUGCCUUUGGUGCAACAGCAGCCGCCUUUGGUCCAACAGCAGCCGCCUUUGGUCCAACAGCAGCAGCCUUUGGUCCAGCAGCAGCAACCGCUGGUUCAGCAUCAGCAGCCUUUGGUCCAGCAUCAGCAGCCUUUGGUACAACAGCCCCAACAACAGCAACCACAGGCCCAGACACAGCAACCACAGCCCCAGACACAGCAACCACACGUGGUUCAGCAACAACCGCAACAGCAUCAACCUGCAGUAGAGCAAAUCUCACAGAUUUCUUCGCAAGUGCCUGUGCAACAGGAAAAUCUGCAGCCAAUACAGGUCAACAAAGAUGCGAAUGUAGCAACGGAUGCAAUGUCUCUAAAUAGCGCCCACGGAGCCCUCGAAACUGCACCGAAGACAGAACCCCAGAACUCUGGUGAUGCGGAAAAGCAGCAAAAGCAGACAGGCACGGGCACACGUUCCCAGAAACCGAGGCGUUCCAACCGGAGCGGCAACGAAAGGAUUCCCAAGCUUAGUGUAACCAGCGUUGACGAGGGCAGCGUCAUAAACUGCCACAUGGAAAAUAAACUUAAAACGAUUACAUUUAAAUUCGACAUAGGAGACGUAAAUCCGGUUGAAAUAGCCAAUAAAUUGAUCGCCCAAGAUUUGCUUUCUAAUUGUCAAAGUACAGUUUUUGUGGAAAUGAUCAAUGAAAUUGUUGACCAAGUCAAACAGAAUCCCAAUCAAAUCCCUAUACCGACAAAUUAUCGCCGCAAUAUUGAAAAGGUCCGACACGCGUCUCUAACUCGACAGCGUUCCACGUUUAGGUCACACCAAAGACAUAGAUCUCGGGAUGAAACCGCCAGCGACAUCACAAAGAUGUUUGAGCCCACUAUCCAUGGCGUUGAAACCCUGCCAUCCGGUGGCGGAGGCGGUGAACAGUUGAACUGCAACUUGACUUUAGAGGCCAGGUCCCAUGUAUCCAACAUACCAAAUGCGAAGGAACCACAGCUGAACGUCAGCACUCCGCCCACAACCACUUCGACCAUGUCUUCCUCAUCAACCGCAUCGAGGGAUGCGCCCAAUAGCAGCAAUGACGUGACCAUCGGUUCUGGUUCCGUUUCUCGAAAAACAAGCACGGCCUCGGAGUACACUUCGCUAUCGAUUGACUAUAUGCCCGACAGCAACAUUACUCCAACUGGUCCAGAGCCACCGCUUGACGAUGGCAAGGAUAAGAAAACUUGCUCCCUUGCCAUAGCCAGAAUGCAAAAGCUCUUGGAGUCGGCCGGCAAUGGUGCUCCUCGCAGCCUGAAUUUGCCCUUGAAUCGUCACCUGAAGAUUCAAGAGGACUUGAAGCAUACUAGAAGUCUUGACGAUUUGACCGCAGUGAAAAUAACCUUUGACAUGCCCAACAAGGCCGCAGUGGGUACUUCGGAAAACGCUCAGCAGGCCACAGAAGCGGAAGCGGAGAAGCCAAAAGAUAAAUCUGCACAGGCAGUAGGCAACCAGGGAGCUGGAGCGGCCAACACUCUAGAGCAGUUAAAAAUAGAACUGGAAAACAUCACUCAUGCCCACGCGUUCGCCUCCGCUGUAGUGGCCUCGAUUAACAACAGAGCUCCUCAUCAAGCUUCCCCAGCAAUGUCCUCCCUAAAGGCGACUUCUGGACAACCACAGACACAAGAGAUAACCAAGCCAAAUAACGGAGCAGGCCCUUCAGCACCCUCUGUAGGUCAGAAUACUCCGACUGCAGCCUUAACAUCCACCAGGGGCUCAGGCUCCUCCGUCUACAACUCACGUCGUACAUCCAUCGACAACAGCGUGGGAUCCGAUGUACACCUGCACACAGCCACUAAUCUUGAGGGGACAGUAAGCAACUCGGAUCCGACUCCCACUGAGGCGUCGAUUGGAAUUACCAUUGGCACGGGUCAUGAGAAGCAACUCUCCAAGCAGCCCAGUUUGGAAAAGCCUUCUGCCACUUCCAUUUUAACGAACAGCAGUGAUCCUCCGCAAAGGAAUCCCAGCAAUGGAUCAAUUAACCAAAAUUCAAUAGCGGAUUUGGAAAAGAAAUUGGCAGCUUUGCGAAAUACCGAAAACACAGAAGAGUCUGCAUCAGCAACAUUGUCAGUAGUUCCUAAACAAGUUGAAGAGAUCGUCAACCCAAGCGCGCGUAAAAUUUCGCGAUUUAGUGUCAGUCGUGUGCAGGAGCAGAAAACUUCAACCGGAGUUGAGGAGCCUGCUCAAGCUCAACUUAAGAUCGACCUCCAAGUCGCCGGCCCUGGAGGCCAGGUGCAGAACAACAACUCCGUUCAGAACGGCAGCGUGGUCAACACUCCAACCGAAGUCAUCAGCUCUCCUAUUCAAAAUGUUCCGCUGGCCAUUAACGGAAUUCAGUUGAUAUACCAACAGCCCCAGCAGAUCCACCAGUUGCCAGGUGGAACCUCAACUACUACAAGUGGAGCAGGGAAUCAGUGCAUUGUAGUGCCUCAAGUGGUCAAUCAAAAUGGCACCCACGUGCAACAGCUGUCUAACCUACAGCCACAGCAGCAGAGCGUACAUCCAAAUAUGACUCAACAGCCACAGCAGACGCCACUUAAUGGGCACCCGUCUAUGGUUAACACUCUUCAGCAGCAACCACAACAACAAUCCUUGCCGAUGCAGACGAUUCAGGCGCAGCAGCAGCAAAACCAAAUGCCUAUCAUUUCGCAACAACAGCAGCAGCAGAUCCUGAUGCAGCAGCAACAGGGAUCCCAGCAAGGAUCGCAGCAAUUUAAUUUGCCUGGCACACAACAGACUCAUCCUCAGCACCAGUUCAUCCAGUCGCAGCCCAACCAACUUCACUCGCUUCCGCCCCAGGUGGUCAGCAUGCCUCAGGGAAAUCUGCCGCAUCAGCUUCCACCCAUGCAGACUAUGGGUGCCCAACAGCAAAUGAUCUCGCAACAACAGCAUCAGUUGCAGAUGCAGUCGCACAUGCACCAACAAAACGUUCCCGGAAUGUACAACCAGCAGACUGGAGCUCGUGUGGCAGCACCCCAAAAUUUCGCAGGUGCUGUUCCAAAUCAUUUGUUGCAGCAGUCCCCUUUGAUGGCAUCCCAGCAGCCAGCACAGCCCAUGCAACAUGUUAUGCAACCGAUUUUUAAUGCAACGUCCGGUGAAGUUACCGAAGAGCCUGUUUCUUUAGCAGCUACGCAUCCGCAUCUGCUACCGAGCGAUAUUCAAUCCGAUAUAAAGCACAAUUUAGACUCACUAGUGAACCAAUUGUGCAAUACACGCUUGGGUACUAACCAGCACCAACGGCUGUUGCUGUUGCGUCAGAGACAACUCAUCGAAGAGGACGAGCUGCGUCUUAAACAUUAUGUGGAAUACGAAAAGUUCCAAAAGGCCCUGCGCCAAUCUAUUAGCACAAACGUUCCAGCUAAUGCAGCUUACUAUUCUGCGGCUGCCGCACAGCUUCCAACCAAUUUGGCAGCUCCAGCAGCUCCGUCCUCAUCGAAUCCGACGUCCACAAGCUCCGCAAACACAUAACUGCUCUAAAUGUUUUGCUUCAUGCACUUUUGACAAGCCAUACUUACAGCUCUACUCUAUGUUCUCGGCAAUAUAAUUGGCUCGAGCGAAAGGACGUGGAUCUGGAGGUAGAUUUUAAGUAAAAAGUUGUCGAAUGUUACGGGGUUGUCUGUAAAUAUUAGUCAAACGCUUCUUGUUGAUAUGCCAUUGUUUUAUAUUUCUCUUUCUGUUUCACUUCUUAUUUAAAAUUCCUAAUUUCCCAUUCUGGCUUUCGUUUAUUUGUUUAAAAUAAAUAUUAAAUUUUGUAUGAACUUUUUAAGGAAAUUGUACAUUUUAUUAGUAAAAGAAACUGUAAAUAAACAUUUCGAUAAUGUAAUAAUAUAACAAUGCAUAUAGGAAUAUUAUAUAUUAGCCAUCAUUUAUUCAAAGUGAUGUAUACAUACUGCAUAGUUACUAAAUAAAUAACUUAUUACCGAA